AUGUCCUUUUGGCACGAUAAGGAGAAAACGGCCGAGGUUGCCAACGCCUCAACAGUCGCCUCAGAAGAGUCUUCAACUCCAGAGGGAUAUACGGCUGCUGAAGGUCUUAACUCCAGUAUUGUGACAUACCAGGAUGCAUCAGGGGCACCUGUUGAGACAAAUUCGCCACUGGGCUAUUCAGUUGGGUUUUUGGCGGCCUUCUGUUUGAAUAUUAACCAGAUGGUUGGGACUGGGAUUUUCUCGACGCCUGCUACAAUUCUAUCUGGCGUUGGCUCGGUGGGUUUGUCGAUGAUAUACUGGUUUAUAGGUUAUCUUCUUUCGGAGAGUAUUCUUUCUCUUUACUUGGAGUACGCGUCGUAUUUUCCCAGCCGAUCGGGAUCUGAAGUCGUUUACCUCGAACAAGCCUUUCCUAAUCCGAAAUACCUAAUUCCGACCGUCUUUGCAGCGAAACAUGUCAUUUUCUCCUUCGCUAGUAGCAACGCCGUUGUCAUGGCGCAAUACAUCUUCGGUAUUGGCGGAAUCUCUUAUAGCGCUUGGCAGAUGAAGGGCGUGGCCAUCGCAAUGUAUACCCUUGCAUAUUUCGUUGUUGUCUCGAGCACCAAAUGGUCCUUGAGGCUAGUGGUCUAUUUUGGGAUUAUCAAGGUCCUUACACUACUUCUGAUUUCAAUUGCUGGACUUGUUGUUCUGGGUGGUCAUACCAAGGUUGAGGACCCCGGAAAUUGGAGUGAUCCAUGGCGUGGAAGUUCAGAUGCAACUGCUUAUGGGGCGACUAAUGCUAUGGUUAAAUUGAUUUUCUCGUAUGCGGGUUAUAACAAUGCCUUUGGGGUUGUCAAUGAGAUCAAGAAUCCUAUCAAAACCCUCCGUUGGAGUGCACCGGCUUCCCUUAUUCUUGUUACUGUACUAUACAUUCUAGUCAAUGUUGCAUACUUCUCUGCUGUGACUCGGGAGGAGAUCCUUGCAUCGAAGCAAGUUGCAGCUUCGAUUUUUUUCGAGAAAGUCUUUGGAAAGCAUGGUGCGGCCAGUGCUCUGGAUGUGCUUGUUUGCUUGAGUGCGUUCGGAAAUUUGAUCGCGGUCCUCGUAAAUACAUCCAGAUUGCUUCGAGAGACUGGCAGACAAGGUGUUCUCCCCUGGCCUAAGUUUUGGACUUCCGUUAGGCCAUUUGGAACUCCUAUUGGGCCAUACACAGUCAUUUGGGCCUUGACUAUCUUGAUGAUCCUGGCCCCACCCGCUGGUGACGCCUUCAAUUUUGUCGUCGAUCUCUCCGUCUAUCCCACGAACAUUUUCAACUUCCUUUUGGUGAUUGGCAUUCUAAUCAUCCGUAGACGGCGCAGAGCACUCGGCCUUCCUGCUCCUCAAUAUUCAGCUUGGUGGAUUGCCAUUGGAUUUGCAAUGUUAGCCACGCUUUACAUGCUUGUUGCGCCUUGGUAUCCUCCCAACACUGGGGCAAAUGGCGGAGAUGUAAGCUUUUGGUAUGGAACAUACUUGGUCGUUGGUGUUGGCCUGCUGACGGGCUGUGUGGUAUACUAUUACUUCUGGAUCUACAUAAUUCCCAAAUGGAAGGGGUAUGAGUUUAGACAGACUGUAGUUCAGUUUGAGGAUGGCUCCAUCACGCACCAGCUUGUAAAGAUUCCAAGGGAAGAGUUGGCUACUUGGGAUAGCCAGCAUGAUGCAACGGGUCGUUCAUUGAAUGGAUCAGUGAAUGAACAUCAAUGA